AUGGACGAGGGUCGAGGACCAGACGACCGGGUGAGUUUCAGCACCAGGACGAACUGCGACAUCGGGAAGCUGUCAUUCCACGUGAUCGUGUUGGUGACACUGGCGGCACCACUGUUCCUGGUGUGGAGCGCGUGGCGCCUGCUCACGGGCCUGCUGGCACUGCCACACCACGUGUACCAGGUGGGAGACGACAUGGUCUUCCACUUCUGCCAGAGGCUCAUGAUCGUGCUCAUGGAGGGUGUUGUCGGCGUCAAGGUCUUGUUCCACGGAGAUAUCGGGGACAUUGUGCAGAAGAAAGAGCGGGCUUUCUACAUCGUCAACCAUCAAAGUUCAUUCGACUGGAUUGCCGUGAGCCUGCUGGCUGAACGGGCAGGAUGCACGGGUAACCUGCGCUUCAUAGUCAAGAAGACCAUACAGUCGGUUCCACUGCUCGGCUUCUACUUCCACCAGCAUGGCUGUAUCUACAUCAACAGGCAGCAGCUAAACUACUUCAAGAUGAAGCAAGGUCUCUACUACCUCCAGAAUAAAUCCAUACAGUCAAGCGUGGUGCUCUUUCCGGAAGGCAACCGGUUCAUUCCCGGCAAAAUGGACGUCAUCAAAAAAAGCACGGAGUUUGCUGUUAGCCAAGGUCUGCCGGUACCCCGACACCAACUGAUGCCCCGUGCGCGGGGUUUCGUGCUCACCGUCGACGAGAUGCGCCACAACCUGGACGCCGUGUACUGCGUCACCAUCAUCUACGGCGGCACCAAGAUGCCCCACGGGGGCCGCAGGGCCGCGCCCAACAUUUGCGACAUGUUCACCGGCAAGUGUGGUGCGGUGCACAUGCACAUCAAACGGACGCCCAUCGAUCAGCUUCCCAGCGAUGACAACGGACUCAAAAAGUUCCUCUUCGAUGCCUUCUACGAGAAAGACAAGUGA